UCUGAUCUCUCCGUCCGUGGUUUGACUGACGUGAGUCCGGGUCUCAUCUUUUCUUCUCUUCUCUCUUAUCGGUUUGAUACCCGGUUCGUUCCAUCCCAUCAUAACCUAGGCCUCUCUGACGGAAGGCCAACCGCCUGCGUACCCCCGAUUCACUGCUCGCGAACAUGGCGCUCGGCGCCGUGCUGGAACCCUUGAUCGUAGUCAGCUUGCUGGCCUUCGGCACCAUCGUCAACCGCAACAGAAGCCGAGCCGUUCUCGCACGGUCAUCAUUAUCCCCUAGCCGCCCGGAGCCAUGGCAGCAUCUAAAAUACAGCUCGGACCCAGGGGAUGAGGACGUCGAGACGGGCAGAAGCAAGGAAGACGAGCCCACCCUACUGCCCUCAUCACUAAGCCGGUCCAGCAGCAGCUCGAGCAGCACACUCGCAGAGGACCUCUCCGCCGACAGCAAGGCCGUUCCCAGAUGGCGUAAGAGGAGACUGCGCUUCAUGGGUUGGGAGAAGGAGGUAACGACGCCCAACACCGAAAUCUUCAGAGACCGUUUCCUUAGCCGGGUUCUCCAACGCUUCCCGUUCCUCGCCGAGGUCUGGUACUGGGCUUUAAUCUACUGGGUAUAUCAACUCGGGCGCGCCUUCACGGCAGUGACGCUCCAGGAAUCUACCGUCAACACCGCCCGCGAGCAUGGGCUCCAGGUUGUCCGCCUCGAACAGGCUCUCGGCAUCUUCGUCGAGCCGGCCGUGCAGCAAUGGUUUCUUGAGCGACCCACGCUCAUGCGGUGGACCAACAAAACGUAUUCGUUCAUACACAUCCCGGGCACCAUUCUCUAUCUCAUCGUACUCUACCACAUCACGACCGCGAGGCCGCGACACAAGCUGCAGGAAGAGCAUGGGGGGAAAUAUGUGCUUGAUAACUGGCGGGACCUUGCGCCGCCGUUCGGACCGGCCAUCUUUGAGCGGAGGAGGAGGACCAUGGCCAUGUGCAACCUGCUCGCCUUCAUCGUCUUCACAUUCUGGCCAUGCAUGCCGCCGCGGCUGUUGAGCGAUCCGACUUAUAUGGGCGAGUACGCCGAAGAGGCCAAGAGCUUUGGCUUUGUGGAUACUGUCCACGGCGCCGACGGUGACAGCAGCGUGUGGACCACUAAUCGAUUUUGCAACCAAUAUGCUGCCAUGCCUUCUCUCCACUUUGGCUACUCCUUCCUGAUCGGCCUCACCAUCGCCGCCGUGCCCCUGAGGAAACGCGGCCAGUUCGGCUGGAAGCGUCUCGCCGUGGUCGGAAUCGGCAUGAUUUACCCUGCCGUUAUUUUGACCGCCAUCGUUGCGACGGCAAAUCACUACAUCCUAGAUGCACUGGCGGGCGCCAUCGCCUGCCUGCUUGCCUGGAACUUUAACGACCUCUUGCUGAACCUCUUGCCCCUGGAGGACUAUUUCUUGGCGUUGGUGAGGAUACAGAAGCCUUGAGCGGGCCUGAUUAGCGGAGGACCGUUCACGUCUUGACUUUAUUGCUCAUGGUUAGUUGGGGCUACUCAGGGUAGCUCACGCGGGA